AUGGCUUCGGACACAACGCUCCCAUUCCUCCAAUUCCCCCCGGAAGUCCGCCUAUCCAUCUACCAGUACCUCAUCCCGGACCUCCCGAUCCGCAAUUUCUCGCUGCUCCGCGAUCGCUCGAAGACGAUUCACCUGCGACAUGAUGGCUCGCGCUGCUGUCCCGCGAUCCUGCGCGCAAACCACCAGAUCUACGCCGAGGUGAUUCAGGAAUGGUACGGGUCGACGUCUUACGAGAUCGUGCUGGAUACGAAAUACAUUUUGUUCUGUGGGAAGGUUAUUCCGCCGUAUGUGCCGUUGCCGUCGACGAUUCAGUGGGUGCAGUCCGUGCGACUGUGUUUGUCGAUUCAGGGUACGCCAAGGCAUAUUCAUAGUCAGUCGACGUUGGAGCAUCUACUGGGGUUCCAGGAUCGGUUGACAACGCUGGCGGUUGCGUUGUCCGAUAAGGGGUAUCGGAAGCUGAGUCGGCUGCAGAUUGAUAUCGGGGUGAAUAUUCCGCUCUUGUUGAGUCUGAGUAAGACGCCGAGUGAAUUGGUGGAGUUGUUGAAUUGGAACCUGCUUCCGCUGAGGGAGAAUGUUCGGGAUGUGCCUGAUGUGCGGUGGGAGUUGCAGGAGCAGAGUUAUGGGAUUCAGAGUGAGGAGUUUCAGCGGUCUUAUGCGGGCAUGAAGUCUAUUAUGUGUGCUUUUUUGCAGGAUAUGCGGUUGGAUAUGUUGGAGAGGCCGGAUGGGUGA